AUGGCCCUUGAUAGGAAGAGUUAUUUUUUCGUGCAAUUUUACAGGAUUCUAGCAAAUAGACAAUCUGCUGCACGUUCUAAGGAGCGAAAAACUCGUUAUACUGGUGAGCUAGAGAGGAAAGUGCAGACUCUGCAGACUGAAGCCACCACUCUAUCUGCACAGAUCACAGUUCUUCAGAGAGACACUUCUGGAAUAGCUGCUGAAAACAAAGAACUCAAAUUUCGGUUGCAAGCUUUGGAACAACAAGCACAUCUUAGAGAUGCUCUAAAUGAAACGUUGAGGGAAGAAGUGCAGCGGCUUAAGAUUGAAGCAGGCCAAAUUCCAGCUGCGAAUGGAAAUAGAGGUAUGCGUCUUCAUUUACCUCCCCAACCACAGCCCUUUGUUCAAUGUGGUAACCACCAUGCACAACACCAGCAGCAGCACAUUCCCCGUUCGACUGCAAGUAACCAAACUGUCCCUGGGCAGUCUCAAUCUAGCUUCUUCAACUUCAACAGCAGGGCUUGAAAGUCUCAAAGGUGAACUGGUCUGGUUUGUAAUUUAUCAAGUAGAUGGCCUUGUAAAUAUUGAUAUGUAGAAUGUGUGUAGAUUGUCAAAAGGUUAUUGAGUGAGUGUUGUUCAGCUCAAUAGCUUGUAACGUACCAAGUAUUUAACAAUAUGAAUUACAGAUUCUUUGAUGUGGGAUGCCGGAUCUCGAGUUUAUUUCUAUUAAAGAAGUACAGAAUUUGAAACAGUUCAA